GACAAUUCAUAGGCCCCUUUUCCCUUUCUUGUUGUGAUGGUGGGGUUAGGUUUCUGGGUUCUUUCUGGGAUUGUUCGUCCUCCAACACCACUCAUAUAAAUCCCCCAGAUUUGUACACCACCCACAAAUCAUUUCUAUUUUCCAAAACUUGGGUUGAUCUUUUGUGUGAGAUUGGGUUAGUUUCUUGCAUUUCUGCGUAAAAUUCAGGCAAGAGAAGAGAGCAAUUUUGCUUAUUUGAAGACUGUGAACAAGAAGUGCUUGUAAAGAGACUCAGAGAAAAAUGGUGACUAGAACGGUGGAUCUCCGCUCGGACACAGUGACCAAACCGAGCGAAUCAAUGCGGGUUGCAAUGGCCAAAGCUGAAGUUGAUGAUGAUGUACUCGGCCAUGACCCGACGGCCUUUCGCCUCGAAACAGAGAUGGCAAGAAUCACGGGCAAGGAAGCCGCCCUAUUUGUCCCUUCAGGGACUAUGGGUAACCUUAUUAGUGUGCUUGUUCAUUGUGAUGUUAGGGGUAGUGAAGUCAUUCUUGGAGACAAUUCGCAUAUCCACAUAUAUGAGAAUGGAGGCAUUUCCACAAUUGGAGGUGUACAUCCAAGGACCGUGAAGAAUAACAAAGACGGGACAAUGGAUAUUGAUCUCAUUGAAGCUGCCAUCCGAGACCCUAGGAUGGCGAUUUGUUAUCCGAUUACUCGGCUUAUCUGCUUGGAAAAUACACAUGCUAACACUGGCGGUAGAUGCCUUCCAGUAGAGUAUAUAGACAAAGUUGGAGAGCUAGCAAAGAAGCAUGGGCUGAAACUUCACAUUGAUGGCGCUCGUAUAUUUAAUGCAUCUGUGGCACUUGGAGUUCCUGUUCACAGACUGGUGCAAGCUGCUGAUUCUGUUUCGGUAUGCCUGUCAAAAGGUCUGGGUGCUCCAGUUGGAACUGCCAUUGUUGGUUCAAAAGACUUCAUUGCACGGGCCAAGAGGCUUAGGAAGACCUUAGGUGGUGGGAUGAGACAAGUUGGUGUAUUGUGCGCUGCAGCUUUAGUUGCAUUGAAAGAGAACGUUGGAAAGCUUGAUGGUGAUCACAAAAAGGCCAAGACUUUAGCAGAAGGACUGAGUAAAAUCAAAGGACUAAAAGCUGAUGUCACUUCAGUCGAGACCAACAUAGUAUAUUUUGAUAUUUUAGAGGGCGCAAAUAUUACAACCCAAAAACUCCGCAAGAAUUUGGAAGAACACGGCAUACUUGUGAUGCCAGAGAGCUCAACCAGAGUUAGGCUUGUUGUUCACUACCAAAUUUCAGCAAGCGAUGUGCAAUACACCUUGUCAUGCAUUCAGCAAGCUGUAACUGGAGUCCCAGCUGAAAAUGGUGGCACUAAAAUAUUUCAGCAAGCUGUAACCGAAGUCCCUGCUGAAAAUGGUGGCAAGUGAGAUAAAUGACCGUUGCAUCAUUUCCAUUCAUAGUAAAGAUGUUCAAGCUUUAGUAUCGACAUUAAAAUCUUCCAUUCAUCUUGGAAGUGUUGCAUGUGACAUGUUAGGUUUAAACCUCAUCGAUCUUACUGUUCCUGUUUCCGAUUACUAUUCAAUUGUUCCUUUCUUCUUAGGGCUUUUUGUUGUUUCUUGUACCACCUAACGAAAGAAAGGUGAAAAGAUGCAGCGGUAACAUGUAUUCAGGAAUUAGUCGGGCAAAAUCCAUGACACCCUGCAUGAAAAAAGAAAAAGAAAAAAGGGCACAUUAGAUUUAACUUUUUACCCAAUGAAAAAA